AUGUCGUUUGUUGUUGAACACACUACACCAAAAGGCCUCAAGAUCACUUUGAACACUGGUCUAUUUAUCAAUAAUGAAUUUGUUGCCGGUGCCAAUACCAUUGAUACCAUCAACCCAUCCACAGGCAAGGUGAUCACUGCCGUACAAGCAGCCGAAAAGGAGCAAGUCGAUCUUGCCGUAGAUGCAGCUGAGAAGGCAUUUCAAAGCUGGCGCCACGUUAGCGGACGUGAACGUGCACGCUUGAUGAAUAAACUUGCCGACUUGGUUGAACGUGAUGCCGAGCAAUUGGCAGUUGUGGAAGCUCUCGAUAACGGCAAACCCGUGGCACAUGCAUUGAUGCUUGAUGUCAGCUGUUUGAUGACAGCCCUUCGGUACAAUGCCGGUUGGUGCGAUAAGAUUCAUGGCAAGGUGAUUGAAACGGAUGGCAAACUUUCAUACACGCGUCAUGAACCUAUUGGCGUAUGUGCAGGUGUUAUCCCAUGGAAUUUUCCAUUAGCCACAUUAGCUACCAAGAUUGCACCAGCAUUGGCUACGGCCAACACAGUGGUUAUCAAGACAUCCGAAAUGACUCCGCUUUCAGCCCUCAAGUUUGCCGAUUUGGUCAAAGAGGCAGGAUUCCCACCUGGUGUCAUCAACAUCAUUACUGGUUACGGCCCCAUCACCGGUGAUGCUCUUGCUCGUCAUCCCAAGGUUGGCAAGAUCACCUUUACUGGUAGUACAGUUGUUGGCCGACACAUUAUGAAGACUGCUGCCGAAUCCAACUUGAAAAGGGUGACCCUUGAACUUGGUGGCAAAUCCCCCAACAUUAUUUUUGACGAUGUUGAGGAUUUGGAUAAGGCCGUGUCUUGGGCAUGGAGGGGUAUUUACAUGAACGCUGGUCAAAUUUGUACAGCCGGCUCGCGUAUCUUUGUUCAAGAAAAGAUCUAUGACAAGUUCCUUGAAAAGUUUACUCAGCUUGCAUCCUCUCACAAAAUCGGCGAUGCCUUUGAAGAGGGCUCCUUCCAAGGACCACAAAUCUCCCAACGCCAAUUUGAUCGCAUUAUGGAAUACAUUGAAAUUGGCAAAAAGGAAGGUGCCACCCUCCACAAGGGCGGUAAGCGCAUAGGCGAUGUCGGCUACUUUAUUGAGCCUACAAUCUUUACAGAUUGCAAACCUGAACACAGGAUUCUGCGUGAGGAAAUUUUCGGCCCUGUUGUCGCUAUUUGCAAGUUCAAGGAUGAGGCUGAAGUGAUCAAACUCGCCAAUGACACUACCUAUGGCCUCGCUGCUGCUGUGUUUACAUCCAACAUUAGUACAGCCGUCAAUGUCUCCAACCAGCUCGAAGCUGGCUCUGUGUGGGUCAAUUGCUAUAACAUGAUCGAUGUGAUGUCACCAUUCGGUGGUUACAAGCAAAGCGGCAUUGGUCGCGAAAACGGUGAAUAUGGUCUUGAGAACUACUUGCAGGUCAAAUCUGUCAAGAUCAACAUUGACAAGCCUUCCUUGUAA